ACGACAGCAGGCAGAGGUGAAAAGUCUGGAUCAUGUUUUCAUUCCAGCGGAGGCAUACUUGAACGACAAAGGACAUUGUAAAUAAAGACCAACAAGGCGGUUAGCAGAGCACGUCGAGUUUCUGUCCUCAAAGAGAAGACAUUAAUGUUGUUGUUAGCCAACCAGCUAGCACAAGCUGAAAUUUGUUAGCUAGCUAACGUUGGACCCUGUUAGCCUACCGCCACCAUCAUCGCUCCUAGCCAGCUGUGCAUCGCCCUGUCUUCCUACGAUGGGAAACACAGCAACUGCCAAGAAAGGCAAUGAGCAAGAAAGCGAGACUUUUGUGAAAGAGUUCUUAGCUAAAGCCAAAGAAGAUUUUUUAAGAAAAUGGGAGUGUCCACCACAGAGCACAACUGGCCUGGAUGACUUUGAUAGGUUUAAGACUUUGGGCACUGGCUCAUUCGGGCGAGUUAUGCUUGUCAAACAUAAAGGAACAAACCAGUUCUACGCCAUGAAGAUCUUGGACAAACAAAAAGUGGUGAAAUUGAAGCAAAUAGAACACACACUAAAUGAAAAGAGAAUACUACAGGCCGUUUCCUUCCCCUUCCUCGUCAGAUUGGAGUACGCUUUCAAGGACAACUCGAACCUCUACAUGGUGAUGGAAUAUGUGCCCGGUGGAGAGAUGUUCUCACACCUCAGACGUAUUGGAAGGUUCAGUGAACACCAUGCAAGAUUUUAUGCAGCUCAGAUAGUACUCACCUUUGAGUACCUUCACUCCUUAGACCUCAUCUACAGAGACCUGAAGCCUGAAAACCUGCUCAUAGAUCAACAUGGGUAUAUCCAGGUCACAGACUUUGGCUUUGCCAAAAGAGUAAAAGGCAGGACCUGGACAUUGUGUGGAACUCCUGAGUACCUGGCUCCAGAGAUCAUCCUCAGCAAGGGCUACAACAAAGCUGUGGACUGGUGGGCACUCGGAGUUCUCAUCUAUGAGAUGGCUGCUGGUUAUCCUCCCUUUUUUGCUGAUCAGCCUAUCCAGAUCUACGAAAAGAUUGUGUCUGGCAAGGUACGAUUCCCCUCUCACUUUAGCUCCGACCUGAAGGACUUGCUGAGAAACCUGCUUCAGGUAGACCUGACAAAGAGAUUUGGAAACCUGAAGAAUGGUGUGAAUGACAUAAAAAAUCACAAGUGGUUCUCCACAACAGACUGGAUUGCCGUCUACGAGAGAAAGGUUGAAGCCCCUUUCUUACCAAAGUGCAGAGGACCAGGAGAUACAAGCAACUUUGACGACUACGAAGAGGAGGACAUUCGUGUCUCACAAACAGAAAAGUGUGCAAAGGAGUUUGCUGAGUUCUAGUGAGGGGGCAAGAGUCCCAUCAGGGCUCAAGUGUUUUGGGAUAUUUGCACUCUCCUGGGGGUUAAGGUGGAACUGAGGCCGUCACAUGUUCAAAACAAACGUCUCAUUCCUUCAUUCCACACGGCUGAAUGAGGUCCUUCUUGCCAUGAUCCUGCGUGCAGUUAGCACUAACCUAUACACAGGCACAUUAUGCAGACACCCCUUGUGCUGCAACACAGAAAUACUAGACCACUUCCUCAUCUUUUGUCGUUUGUUUUCUACGUUUGCCACUUUUUGAGUAUCGUCCCUCCUCCUUAUUUCAAUUCAAAUAAUUAUUUGAAAAAUAACGUGAAAACCAAUAUUACUCCAAUUUUCAAGUGGCACAAAGAGUGAUUGAUUGUAUUAGCUGGUAUUGCACAUUUUGUGAUAUAAGCUUUGGGAAAAUAGAAGGGAUUCUUGGUUCAAAUUUUUAACACAUAGUUUUACCAGUUGUCUGUCGUCUGUUACAUGCCUGAGUGUGUUUUAGGGUUCAGUUUAUUACUCAUUAAUCAUGAACACUUUAACAUUAACCAUUACUCAUCAUUCUGGUGUCCUUAAGACCUACAACCGUGUAUUUGUGCAUAUAGAAAUAUACAUAUAUGAUACAUACGAUUUGAACACUGUUUUGUUAAAGCAUGACCAAAAUUCAGUCAAAGAAAGUGGUUCAGCGAAGGAAAAGAAACACUGAUGACUUCUUGAAGUUUCUGAGGUUUUAGCACUCGGGCAUUCGAUUCUUGAAGAGACUGAUUAACAGUGACAAGUGUUAUUGUGAAACAGAAACUUGUCAGUGCUGUAUUAGUUGAUCAGUUGUAGCAUUGUUUUAUCCAUAUCCAGUCACAGGACAUUUCCUUUUACCUCAGACUAGGUGUGGUAUUAAAUGAAUGGAAUGAAAUGAUAUAUUUUUCAGGUACAACUCUGUUUCAAAAGAAUGGAAACUGAUGAAGUUUGAGUAUGGUCAUCUGUCUUUGGUAUGUCCAAAAAGAUAUGAAGUACAUUGACAUGGCAUUUUUCAAUAGUUGAAAGGUCAGUUGUUAGAUUUUCAUGUGGGUACGUCAUCGUGGCAACGAAGCAGUGUUGGUCGCAUGGACAUAAUUUGUCCAUUUGGGGUUGCUUUUCGAUUUUGCUUUUAACAGCUAAUCGUGCUUUAGCAGAGCACUUGGAAGACAUUGUGUAACUGCCAUAUUUGCUUUAUUUUCAUAUUUACUUUUGCAUGUUUGUUAUGUUUGUACAGCAGUGUCACAACAAGCUAAUAGUGACCUAACAGUGUUCCCAUCUUUUUUGUUCUUUUUUUUUUUUUGUUGUUACAUUUAAAUAGUUUGAUAGCUUGGGACAUUAGAUAUGUACUUUUUAUCUGGGUGACAUAUUCCUCUGCAUAAUCCAAUUAAAACAAAACUAAACCAUGAAAUACACUUUAACUAUAAAAUAAUAACAAAAAACGGAAAUAUCAUAACCUUGAAGUAUUCAUUCAUCUUGGUCACUUACUUGGUUGAAACAUCUACCUACUGCAGUUAUAGCUCGUAGUCUCUUAGCAUCAUUUUCUAAAAAAUUUGCACACUGUGAUGGAGCAAUAUUUGCUCAUUCUUCCUCGCAAAAUUGCUCAGGCUGAGUCAGGUCAGUUAGAACGUUAAUGGACAAAAAUGCUGUAGUCUUGUCUCAGAUUUUAAAAGGGAAUAAGAUCAAGAGUCUGACUUUUGAAGUACUUUUUUUCCACUGUAAGCCACUCCUGUUAAGUUAUUGUCUACAUAUAUUCAACAUGUAUUUUGUCUCCUUUUUUCUGGGUUUUUUUCUAUACUGGGCACCAUUCAUUUCCCAUUAAUUCUGACACAUUGACUGUCCAUGCUGCUGAAAUGUACUCCCUGCCUCUGCAAACUCCUCACCAGUGUGACAGAUUGUCGUAUUUAAAAAAAAAAAAAAAAAAAAAAAAAAAUCUUUU